GGGGAAAGGCAGCGCAGGGCCAAGCGGAAGAGGAAGAGGGGUGGAAGGGAAGCCGGAGCCGCAGAAGGCGAAAGAGGCAGCAGGGUCGGGGGCUGAGGCGCUAGCGGAGACAGGCCCGGGGGAGGAAGGAGAGGGAGGCGGAAGAGUGGAGGAAGGGGCGAAAGGCGUCGUAAAGGGAGAUGAGGGGAGUGCAGGGAGAGGGAAGGAGGCACCUGGAAGAGACGAUGGGAAGAGGGAGGAAUACAGGCCAGGUUGGGAAGACGCUAGGCCGGGGAGAGGACAGGGACGGGCGGGUCCGGCUUGGGGCGGCACCGCAGGGACAGGGGCGGCCAUGGCGGCGGCUGAGGAGGCGGCGGUGGCUCAGGAGUCGGCCGCGCGGCCGGCCGCGGGACCGGCGCUCUGGCGUCUGCCGGAGGAGCUGCUGCUGCUCAUCUGCUCCUACCUGGACAUGCGAGCCCUCGGCCGCCUGGCCCAGGUGUGCCGCUGGCUGCGGCGCUUCACCAGCUGCGAUCUGCUCUGGCGCCGGAUAGCCCGGGCCUCGCUCAACUCCGGCUUCACGCGGCUCGGCACCGACCUGAUGACCAAUGUGCCUGUGAAGGAUCGGGUGAAAGUAUCUCAGAACUGGAGGCUGGGGCGCUGCAGAGAGGGGAUUCUGCUGAAGUGGAAAUGCAGUCAGAUGCCAUGGAUGGCGCUAGAGGAUGAUUCUCUGUACAUAUCCCAGGCUAAUUUCAUCCUGGCUUACCAGUUUCGCCCAGAUGGUGCCAGCUUGAACCGUCAGCCUCUAGGAGUCUUCGCUGGGCAUGAUGAGGAUGUUUGCCACUUUGUGCUGGCCAACUCACAUAUUAUCAGUGCAGGAGGAGAUGGGAAGAUUGGCAUUCAUAAGAUUGACAGCACCUUCACUGUCAAGUACUCGGCUCAUGAACAGGAGGUGAACUGUGUGGAUUGUAAAGGGAGCAUCAUUGUGAGUGGCUCCAGGGACAAGACAGCCAAGGAGGCCGAAAAACAGCAGCCCUAUCUAAAGUCAGCGUGCUUUAGAAAAUGUGAACACACUGGUCCUGGGGACUGUGGGCUGAAGAACAUACAUCUUGAAGUCAGGAGCUUGCCUGCUUUGAGAAGCUCUUUUGUGACAGGGACAGCUUGUUGUGGGCACUUCUCACCCCUGAGAAUCUGGGACCUCAACAGUGGACAGCUGGUGACACACUUGGGCAGUGAUUUUCCUCCAGGGGCUGGGGUGCUGGACGUCAUGUAUGAGUCCCCUUCUACACUGCUGUCCUGUGGCUAUGACACCUAUGUGCGCUACUGGGACCUCCGCACCAGUGUCAGGAAAUGUGUCAUGGAGUGGGAAGAACCCCAUGACAGCACCUUGUACUGCCUUCAGACAGAUGGUAACCACCUGCUGGCCACAGGUUCUUCCUACUAUGGGGUGGUACGGCUGUGGGACCGGCGCCAAAGGGCCUGCCUGCAUGCCUUCCCGCUGACAUCGACCCCCCUCAGCAGUCCUGUAUACUGCCUGCGUCUUACCACCAAGCAUCUCUAUGCUGCGCUGUCUUAUAACCUCCACGUCCUGGAUUUUCAUAACCCAUGACUAUCAGGCCACCCCUGCUAGGGAAGCCAGCUGAGUAGCUCCCUGCUGAGUACUCCCUGCUAAGUAGCUAGGGAAGCCAGCUACUCAGGGACCACUCUUGCCUGGAAGGUGCAGUGAACGCUCCUCUCUAUUGCCCCCACUGUGCUCCUAGACUUGUGAAUCAGUGCUUGGGUACCUUAACUAGAGGCUUCUGACUCUUGGGGCUUUGGGGUAGACCCAGAGAUGCAGUCCCUCCCAGGAACGUGGAGAGACAAGCCUGCUGCUUUGGGAAAGUGCAGUUGAACCUGGGCCUUGUGUCCCUAUUUGACCAGAGCAAGCAUCUGUCCACCCCUUUGACAGCCUACAGAGUGAGGUGAGGAGCUCCUUCCUUCAUGCUUGGUCCCUUUAUGCUUCUUCCCAGAAGGAGAGGUGAGGCUGCCAAUACCUGCCUGCUAGCAUUGGCCUCCUCAGUCUUAGUCAGACCCUACCCUUGACCAACCUCUUAGGGCUGAGAGUUCAUUCCUGGGCCACUGUAGACUGGUUUUGCUUUGAAACCAAGAAAGGACUAAAGGGAACCUAGUAGUUCUGAGUGAGUUCUGAGCCAGCCCUACCUCAGUCUGGCUGUUGAGACAUGCUACUUUUCAUUUUUGUGAAAAAUAAAGCUUGAUUGUUCAUA